CACAAAAGUUGUGUACAGGGUUCAAGGCAGGGUUGUCCUUCAGUGAAGCUAAAGCCAUCCAUGAGCUAACCUAAUCAGAGAGUCUUCUCCCCGGUUUAUUCUUGCUGUACUUGGAAUAACUGUACACAAAAGAAAACCACACCGCUGUGGACCAUGGCGGCAAGAAUUUUGCCCGUUGUAAAGCUGGCCACCAAGGUGACCAUUGCAGGAGGAGCUCUCUAUGUUGCCUAUGACUCUGGCUUGCUGGGAAGCAGUGAGCAGGGCUCAGUGGCAUUGGAGAAAGCCAAAGCAGUAGUACCACCCGCCGUGGAGGAAUGGAUGAAGUACUUUGGCGUGGAGGCUCAGCUUCCAACGGUGCCUAAGAUUGAAUUCUCCCCUGUUCAGUCUUGGAAUUCUGGAGUGCGGUGGACAAUUUCAACUCUUUCAGAUGCUCCAACAAAAGCAACUGAAUACACAAGUCAGGGUUUGCAGUACCUGAAAGACCUCACCAAGUGAACAGGGACUCUCUGGACAACCUGAUAUUUAUCAAUCCUUUUUUUGACUUUGCACUUGAGAAAUUACAUUACCUCUUCAAAAGUUUUAGUCCCUCUCAAGAAAGAAGAAAUACCCAACAUGAAAGAAAAACUGGCAGAUGUAAAGAAGGCAUGUAGUCUCCUAAGUGGGUACUGUGGUUCUCUAAAUGAUAGUGGCAUUGGCUGUGAGUUGUGUUGUACAUAACGCUCGGACGCAAAGUGUAUUUUAAAAAGUUGUUCUUUCUUUCUGUGUAUACCACAAAUUUGUGUAUACCAACAAAUUUAAUUUUGUUCAACAGUCUAAUAUACAAUAUUUUGCUCCCCUUUGUUCUCCAACCACACAAAUCAUGUUAGGAAGAUGAUGUCUGUUGUAUAUAUACAGUUUCACUGUUUGUGACUAAAUACAUCAAUCUCAAAACACA